UAAACCAGUAGUUGUUCGUUAGUUCCGAAGACAACACGCGACCCGAGGCCGCGCGGUACCACCGAAACCCAACGCAGCACCCAACGCGCCCGCUCGUACGUACCUGGGCGUCCAAUCCGCACAUCUCAUCCUCCACACAUCGAGCUCCAGAUCUUUGGAACUUUACCAGCUCAUCCGAUCGGAACUACCCCACAAAGACAGACCGAGACCAUGCAAGAACAGAAAACAAACUAUGUUUUGAGCACGGGCUGCGUACGCAUCAGAUAAUUGCAGUGGCAUUUCAGUUCAGGCUUUUCCCUCGCCAGUGUUUUUUUACCUCCUCCAGUGCGUGUCUCCUUGCCGCGCUCUGGUACCAUCACCGCUCAUAUGUGCGUUCCAUCAAUGUUCUACGAUUUUUAAAGAGACCCGACAUUACAAUCGCUUGGAUUUUACUGGAAACCCAUAAAUAAAAUUUUAAAACAAACUUUAGUAUCAGUGGAUUUUAACUUCAAUCUUAGAUAUCGAACCUGCAGAUCAAGGAACCAGCAGCGUGUCGGAAAUGAAGAGCCCCGACGAAGGAAUCCAGGAUUGAGUGUGUAAACCGCGCACGUCCCGCAUUUGUUUGAUGAAUUCUGAAGUGAAGGUGGUUCGAGAAGUUAUGUGAACAGUCGUCGUAUUCUCUUGGAAGUUUUUCGACGGAUAGAAAAAGGUAUACGAGGAUAAGGGACAAGAAAAUGAGUUCGUGGUAAAUAAAGGUUUAGAGAAAGAGAUUUUGAGAUAUGUUCGAUAAUUUGAUAACGCGAAUAACGAGCCCGUCGGCUCGACGCAGACACACUUACCACUGUCCGGAAGUGCAUUCAGAUCCAGAAGAUAAUGAGCCGAUAACUCCGAGGAAGCCGAGACUGCUGGAACGGCGGAGAAAGGGCCGCAGGGUUCCUGAACCUGGGCUGAGGCAGGCGCGCAGCCUCGGACGACUGGACGGACUCAAGGAGGCGGAGAGACUCGCCGAUUACGGACGGCUGAUCAGCGGAUCGCAGCCGUCGCUGGAUGGUAGACGGAAGGACCUGGACAGGAUCCAGGACCUAUUCCCUCAUGACUUCCUUUGUCUUCACGCCACCGAACCCAACUCCAGCUACCAUGUGAAGAGCAAGUCUUUUCGGAAGAAGUCGCUGGGCGACUUACAUAACUUACACGACCUGUGCCCCUCCAAGAUGUGCAAUAGGAUCUUCUUGGUGGAGGCGCCUUGCGCCAUGUCUCUCCCGAAUCUGCAGCUAACGGCGAAGCCACGACACCUCUUCCUCUUCUCCGAUCUUCUCAUCGUAGCCAAACCGAGAUCCGGAGGAACGUUCAAACUAAAGGAGAGCGUAAGAGUUUCCGAACUGUGGUUAUCCCCGUGCCCAGAAUCCGAUACGGGUUUCUUAAUUGGAUGGCCGAAUCCGGCCCGAACCGUUCUGGUGACAUUCUGCACGCAAGCAGCCCGAGAUUCCUGGUGGAGGGAACUUCAGCAAGCGUUAGCAGCGCAAUUACGAUUGGAACCUCCAGUGACUAACAUCAAAGUUGUGUAUAGGGAUCCUUUAACUGGCACGGAAUGCUCAAAGACUUUGGGAGUAGGACCUGAGACAAAUACCGGAGAUAUAGCAAGAUUGGCGCUAGAUGAAACACGGACAUCGGAAUGGGGUUACACUUUGUACGCGAGGGAUAGAGAUUCAGCACCUUGCCCUUUGAUAGGCUGCGAACGUCCUCAUUCAAUCCAAUUAGCUAGGUUGAGGCAAUCCCUGUGCGCCGAAGAAGGUUUCGAUCUCACCCACUGCAACAACAACAGAUUACCUUGCGAUAUAGUUUUCGAAAUCAAACCCAACUGCAAACCCACUGCGAGAAAGACACCUUUAAAAUUGUUCAGGAAGAACAGCUGCAGGAUAUUCGGUGUUCCUUUGCAACGUUUAUGCGCAAACAACACGCUUCCUCCUGCAAUUAGUGCAACACUUCGCGCCUUGUUUCAGAGAGGACCUCAGACGCAAGGUAUUUUCAGGCGUUGCGCUUCGGCGAGAGCUUUAAGGGAGCUAAGAGAAAAAGUAGAUUUACAAGGAUCUGCGAUUUGUGAAGAAAUUUCGUCGACUCCGGCGCUUUUGCUUGCUGCAUUGCUCAAGGAUUUCUUGAGGAGUUUACCGGAGCCUCUGUUGAGUGGAAACGCGAAAGAAUGGUUGAAUGUAGCCAGUUCGGGAAGGAUUGAACAUCUAAGGCGAUUGCUUUCGCUGCUGCCGAGAGAAAACCAUUUGCUGUUGGCGCACGUCAUAAGCGUGUUACAUCAUAUUGCCAAACGUUCGCGUUUCAAUUUAAUGUCAGCAGCCAAUUUAGGUGUUUGCGUCGGUCCGAGUCUUCUGUGGGAGGCAAGUCCGAACGCUCCCAUGAGGUCGCUGCCUGCUUUGGUGGAGAUGCUGAUAGGUCAAUGCCAGACGUUGUUUGGUCCUCAGGUCGUAUCAUUGCUUGGAGAAGUGUCGAGCGACAGCGGAGCUGAAGAAUCGGAUAGUUUACAUUCCUUAGGUCUUUCGUUAGACUCAAUGGAAUUGUCCAAAGACCAAAAGUCACUAAGCCGUGAUUCUGGUUUGACUUUAUCCGAGGACGAUCGAGAUAGUCCUGGACUUUUGUACCACAACGCCACAUUCCAUCGAUCAGAUUGGGCGCGACAGGCGGCCAGGAUGAGGUCACUAGAUAACACCUGGAUCGAAGAAGAUGAGGCCUUUUGUACGAGUAACGAGAGUUUGUGUGGACCACCGAUACCUCCGAGGAGGCCUCCUCCAUUACGUCACUUGCCCCCUGUUCAUCUUCCACCUCUCUACAGACCUCCGCCACCGCCGCCUCCGACUUACGCUACAGCGCGACUUCUUCUCGUGACGGACGCGGAGAGCGAGAGCUAUGUUUGAUUCUAGUGCAAUCGGUCUGGUGCCUAAUGAUUUCCCAAUAUUUGGGAUACACACAAAUCGUUUAUUUUUGUAGUUUUGUACAGUAAUUUUUUAUAAAUACGAA